UGUACUAGACGCAAUGAAGGGUCGCUAUGAAGCGACGCAACACGAAAGGUCGCUUGCGAAAGCGACGCUAUUAUAAAAAGCGAUUCUGUACCGGGUGCUAUUUUGCGUCAGGCGUUACAAGCAAGCUGUUUCGCCGGCGCAAUGGUUGCGUUCAAACCGUGGUUUGAACCUCCCGUUCUAAAGGAAGCCGUGAGCCUAGACUUGUCAGGCGGCGAUAUAACAGUUUUUUCAUGUUACAUUGUAUUUGCAGUUUUGUUGCAUUGUAUUGCAUAAAUAAACCAUCAAAAUUUUUGUGAUUUCGAAAUUUGUGAAGAAUCAACGUACAAAAUGAAUCCUACUGAAGCAGCAAAACGUUCCCACAAGCACAACAGUAAGCAAAGGAAAUAUUUGAUUGAAUAUAUGUAUAACCAUAGAGAGUUUGCAGCAGGACGGCUUAUAGGUGCUCGAGGAAAAGAAAAAGGAGACGAAUUGUGGAAGGCACUGACAAGGGAAUUGAACUCCUUAGGGUUUGAGAAAACUCAAAUUCAGUGGCAGAAAGUUUGGAAGGAUGUAAAAACUCGAGUCAGAGCCAAAGCUGUCAGCCUUAAAAAUGCCCGCAUUAAAACUGGCAAUUUUCCUGUUGAUAGUAAUACGCUAUCGGAGGAAGAUUUAAUGAUCCUCGGAUUGAUAGGACCUGUUGUAACAGAAGGGUGCAGGGUACCUGAUUCGAUGCCUGAAGAGAUGUCUGCAAUUACACAACUGCGGGAAGCAGACGAGUCGGUGUUAAACCGAGAUACCUACUCGUAUAUCAGUAUUCGAAGAAUACAACAUAGUUUCGACAAACACCACAAUUGGUAAGCGUAUGUCCCGAGCAGCCACGUGUAUUACUAACAAUAAUGAUGUAUGAUACGAUGCUGUGGCAACGUGUUUUAUUCGUAGAAUCAGACACGGCAAUAGGACAGGAGGAGGAACACACCAUACAAGA